GUGUUUUUGUUGCUACUGGGGACUGUUGUGUUGUGAAAAUGGCGACGCCUCGUCGCUCCUCUCAGCAGCAGCAGCCGAACUCCCUGCUGUCCUCCCCGCCCAGAGGCUCCUCUCGCCCCGCCACCCCGCCCGGCUCUCCGCCGGCUCCCUCCGACGAUGCCGCCUCGCCUCCCCACGUAGAGGCCAUGGAGAACACGGCUGACGGUGAGGUAACCCCUGCCUCUCCCACCAGCAGCACCGCCGCCUCCCCGGCUCUGGCCCUCACCGCUAGCAGCAGCAGCGGCUGUAGCAGCAGCGCUAGCUCCCCGACCACCACCGAGGGCAGCGGGACCAGCCCCGGCUCUACGCCCGACUCGGGCAGCGGCAACACGGCCAGCAGCGGCGGCAGCAGCGGCGGCAGCAGCGGGGGCAGCGGCGGUGCGGCUAACGGGGCUUUUCGGGAGCUGUUUGAAGCCUGUCGGAACGGAGAUGUUUCGAGGGUGAAGAAACUCGUGGAUGCGGUGAAUGUGAACGCCAAAGACAUGGCUGGACGAAAGUCGACUCCCCUGCACUUCGCUGCAGGUUUCGGCCGGAAAGAUGUGGUGGACCACCUGCUCCAGACGGGCGCUAAUGUUCACGCCAGAGACGACGGCGGUCUGAUCCCGCUGCACAACGCCUGCUCCUUCGGCCACUCUGAGGUGGUGUCCUUGCUGCUGUGUCAAGGCGCUGACCCUAAUGCCCGAGACAACUGGAACUACACGCCGCUACACGAAGCCGCCAUCAAGGGCAAGAUCGACGUCUGUAUAGUGUUGCUGCAGCAUGGAGCCGACCCCAACAUCCGCAACACCGACGGCAAGUCCGCCCUGGACCUGGCCGAACCGUCCGCCAAGGCAGUGCUCACAGGUGAAUACAAGAAGGAUGAGCUGCUGGAGGCGGCGAGGAGUGGAAACGAGGAGAAGUUAAUGGCCUUGCUCACGCCGCUCAACGUCAACUGCCACGCGAGCGACGGCCGCAAGUCCACUCCCCUCCACCUGGCAGCGGGAUACAACAGGGUGAGGAUAGUUCAGUUGUUGCUACAGCACGGAGCAGAUGUCCACGCCAAGGACAAGGGCGGUCUGGUUCCUCUACACAACGCCUGCUCUUAUGGACACUAUGAAGUUACUGAGCUGCUGCUGAAGCACGGAGCCUGCGUGAACGCCAUGGACCUGUGGCAGUUCACGCCGCUGCACGAGGCGGCGUCUAAGAACCGGGUGGAGGUGUGCUCCCUGCUGCUGAGCCACGGCGCCGACCCGACCCUCCUCAACUGCCACAGCAAGAGCUCUGUGGACAUGGCGCCCACUCCGGAGCUGAAGGAGAGGCUCACAUAUGAAUUUAAGGGCCACUCGCUGCUUCAAGCUGCUCGAGAAGCCGACAUGGCCAAAGCUAAGAAGACUCUCGCCCUGGAGAUCAUCAACUUCAAACACCCUCACACACAUGAAACCGCCCUGCAUUGUGCUGUAGCGUCGCCUCAUCCCAAAAGGAAACAGGUGACGGAGCUGCUGCUGAGGAAAGGCGCCAACGUCAACGAGAAGAACAAAGAUUUCAUGACUCCUCUCCAUGUGGCAGCAGAACGAGCUCAUAAUGACAUUAUGGAAGUGCUGCAGAAACAUGGGGCAAAGGUGAACGCCCUGGAUACGCUGGGUCAGACAGCGUUGCAUCGCGCCGCGCUGGCAGGACACCUCCAGACCUGCAGGCUGUUGCUAGGAUAUGGGGCCGACGCCUCGCUGGUGUCACUGCAGGGCUUCACCGCCGCUCAGAUGGGAAACGAAGCCGUUCAGCAAAUACUCAACGAGAACGUCCCAGUGAGGAACUCAGAUGUGGACUACAGACUCCUGGAAGCUGCUAAAGCUGGAGACCUGGACACUGUCAAGGUAGUUUGGCUGCAUUUUGUCACAUUUUGGAGCCGACAGUCGUCUGAAGACGGCGUUUUGACUCUUUCCAGUGUACAACCCGUAUAUGCAAGGGAUAGCAUCGCCUGGAUAGAGUUUGUAGUACAGGGCCCGGUCGAUGAUCUGACCUUUCUCCAGUUUUUGCAGGCAGUUAACCACUUUGAGUUUGUAGGUGUUGGUAGGAUUGUGAUGUUGGGAUCCUUCUGCAGAGUUAUCAGUGCCCGUUUCUCCUGUGCGGAGAUGUUGGACGGGGGUAACUUGGCACUGGAGAGUGCUGCCGACACCUUAAGCCUGAUCUGUUCCGCCUCUGUCUCUGACAACCUAUUGUUCCUAAUGGCCGAUUCUGUGGCCGUCACCAAGUCCACCACCGGUGUCCAGUUCCGCUGUUUUGCUCUGUGGGGCCGCCUGGGAAGGACUGCCGCCAGUCCUUCCUUCAGAGCUCUGUAUUUUGGCCCAUUCUUGUUCCCCCCUGGAACUAUAGAACCGGGACUCAAGGAUGUUUUCUGCUUUGUGGCCUUUCACCGUGGAGGUAGGAUUGUGAUGUUGGGAUCCUUCUGCAGAGUUAUCAGUGCCCGUUUCUCCUGUGCGGAGAUGUUGGACGGGGGUAACUUGGCACUGGAGAGUGCUGCCUUAAGCCUGAUCUGUUCCGCCUCUGUCUCUGACAACCUAUUGUUCCUAAUGGCCGAUUCUGUGGCCGUAACCAAGUCCACCACCGGUAACUCAUCUGGUGUGACUGCAGAGUUCAGUCCUUUGGCAAGGACCCCCCGCUCGGCUGGAGUUAGCUCUCUGUCUGACAAAUUACAGAGCUCUGAAGGAAGGACUGGCGGCAGUCCUUCCCGGGCGGCCACACAGAGCAAAACAGCUGAACUGGACACCUAUGACAAAUGGGUUAAGAAUUUGUCAGACAGAGAGCUCACUCCAGCCGAGCGGGGGGUCCUUAAGGUGUCGGCAGCACUCUCCAGUGCCAAGUUACCCCCGUCCAACAUCUCCGCACAGGAGAAACGGGCACUGAUAACUCUGCAGAAGGAUCCCAACAUCACAAUCCUACCUGCAGAUAAGGGGAGAUAUACUGUUAUCCUUAACACAGCUGACUAUCACUCAAAGGUCAGCAGCCUCCUAUGUGACUCAGCAACUUAUGAGACCCAAAAACGAGACCCCACCAACACCUACAAACUCAAAGUGGUUAACUGCCUGCAAAAACUGGAGAAAGGUCAGAUCAUCGACCGGGCCCUGUACUACAAACUCUAUCCAGGCGAUGCUAUCCCUUACAUAUACGGGCUGCCAAAAAUUCACAGAGGGCGCCCCUCUGAGACCAAUUGUUCCAAUCGCGUGUUCACUCACUGGAUAAAUGUCUCUUUAAUUCUCCAGCACGGAGCAGAUCCGACCAAGAAGAACCGGGACGGGAACACGCCUCUGGACCUGGUGAAGGACGGGGACACCGACAUCCAGGACCUGCUCAGAGGAGACGCUGCGUUGCUGGACGCCGCCAAGAAAGGCUGCCUGGCCAGAGUGCAGAAGUUGUGCAGCCCCGACAACAUCAACUGUCGGGACACGCAGGGACGCAACUCCACUCCGCUGCACCUCGCAGCCGGAUACAACAACCUGGAGGUAGCCGAGUAUCUGCUGGAGCACGGAGCCGAUGUGAACGCGCAGGACAAAGGAGGGCUGAUACCUUUACACAACGCUGCUUCCUACGGGCAUGUGGACAUCGCCGCCCUGCUGAUUAAAUACAACACGUGUGUGAACGCCACAGAUAAGUGGGCGUUCACUCCUCUUCACGAAGCCGCCCAGAAAGGACGGACUCAGCUCUGCGCCCUGCUGCUGGCCCAUGGAGCCGACCCCACCAUGAAGAACCAGGAGGGUCAGACGCCGCUGGACCUGGCAACCGCUGAUGACAUCAGAGCGCUGCUGAUUGACGCCAUGCCACCAGACGCCCUGCCAAGCUGCUUAAAGCCGCAGGCCACCGUGGUGAGUGCCAGUGUGGUGAGUACAGGUGCAGCGGGGGGCGUGGUCAUCUCUCCAUCUCCGUCUCCAUCCUGCCUGUCAGCAGCCAGCAGCAUAGACAACCUGACCACGCCCCUUGGUGACAUCACGGUUGCUGGGGCGACGGGCACAGCAGACGGAGCAUCCGGGUCGGACAGGAAGGAGGGAGAAACGCUGCUCGACAUGACCAUCAACCAGUUCCUGAAGAGUUUGGGGCUGGAACACCUCAGAGAAAUCUUCCAGCGGGAACAGAUUUCUCUAGAUGUGCUGGCUGACAUGGGUCACGAGGAGCUGAAGGAGAUCGGCAUCAACGCUUACGGUCACAGACACAAACUCAUCAAGGGAAUCGAGCGGCUGCUGGGAGGCCAGCAAGGUGCAAACCCUUACCUGACGUUCCACUGCUCCAGUCAGGGCACGGUGCUGAUCGACCUGGCACCAGACGACAAGGAGUUCCAGUCUGUGGAGGAGGAACUACAGAGUACGAUUAGAGAACACCGAGAUGGAGGCAACGCAGGCGGAGUCUUCAGCCGGUACAACAUCAUUAAGAUUCAGAAGGUCGUGAACAAGAAGCUACGGGAACGAUACGCACACAGACAGAAGGAAAUUGCAGACGAGAAUCACAACCACCACAACGAGCGCAUGCUCUUCCACGGUUCUCCCUUCAUCAAUGCAAUCAUCCAUAAGGGCUUUGACGAACGCCAUGCCUACAUCGGUGGCAUGUUCGGUGCUGGCAUCUACUUUGCAGAGAACUCUUCCAAAAGCAACCAGUACGUUUAUGGGAUCGGUGGAGGAACGGGAUGUCCGACCCAUAAAGACCGAUCCUGCUAUGUGUGUCACAGACAGAUGCUGUUCUGCAGGGUGACACUGGGUAAGUCAUUUCUUCAGUUCAGUGCGAUGAAAAUGGCCCAUGCCCCUCCUGGACACCACUCCGUUAUAGGGCGACCCAGUGUCAACGGACUGGCAUAUGCAGAGUACGUCAUCUACAGAGGAGAACAGGCUUACCCAGAAUACUUGAUCACCUACCAGAUUGUGAAGCCAGAGAGUCUGGCCACACCUGCUGCCACUGCUGAGCAGAAGUCCUAAAGCGCCGCCACGGCUGGAUGUGAAGAUGGCCAGAUUGUAGUGGACUCUCUAGGAGGACUUGGAACUGAAGUGUAAGGCGUUUCAGACCUCAGAGCUGAACUUGAGAAGGACCGGGUCAAGAAGUGCCGACUGGGCAGGAGUCAGAUCCUCGGAACAGUCUCUAAACGGAAGAAGACGAGGAGGAUGAAAACACAAUGUUUUUUUAGUUUUGGGGUAAAAUAGAUAUUCAGUCAAGAGCAGCAGACAGCAAAAUCAUUUUUAAUCAAGUCUAACUUUGAGAUGGAAAUGCGAAAGUGCUGAUUAUUGUUUGUGGAUGUGCACCAGGAUGCUGUUUUGCAGGUCCCUGAUAUGAUCUAAAAAUUAAAGCAAUUACAACAAAACAUAAUCCAAACCCAAACAAACGCUGCUGUUCCUGCACCUUUGCACCGCUCACAUAUUCUACCCCCAGAUUUUAAUGUGUUGUUUUGAUAUCACGUCCUCUUUGGGCUUUGUGCAUCAUCUACAACAACAAAAACAACACCCCCAGGUCACUCCCAGGAAGCGGUGAUUGUUGUGCUAAGAGAACAGAAAUCCGGUGCUUUUUAUGUCACAUUUCCACCAGUGAGGCUGAUGUAAACAAAACAAGAUUUCUGUUUUCUUUCAUAACUUUUCGAAACAGAAGAAGAUACAUGAAAAUGGUUGUGCAGAAAAGAUGAGUAAUAGAGAUUAGUGUAGAUGAAUACCCGGGAGUCGACAAGACAGCAAUCCACUACAGUCCAUACUGGGACCAAACCAGUUCAUUUCAAAACCGCUGCUGCCAGCACACAACAAGCCCCAUACACUGAACAAUAACAUGCACUUCACAUACAGAUAUUUCAAACUUUUGAAGGCAUUUUUGGGUUCAGAAAAAGAAGCUAAGUUGAGCGAAGUUGUGACAAGCAAGAAACAACCACAAUAACAGACUAAAACAAGAAGCCAACACUGUCCUCUCUGCUCUUAUUGUGAAUAGAUAUUUCCACCAAGAAUCAUCUGAAAAUAACUCAUUACUGGCUUCGUGUUGCUGCAGAGAAUUUGGAGGCUUUAUAGGAACUCAAACAUGGUGGUUGCAGCUUGUUUCAGCUCCGCUCCAACUAAACCUGCCUGAACUUUCACUAAACAAUAAAACCGCAAAGAUUGUGACACUUAAAUGUACAAAAUUUCCUCUCAGCUGCCGGUUUAUUAGGCACACCUACCCAAAACAAAUGCAGUCGGAUAAUAAUCUAUCUUCAUGCAGUGAAAGUGAAGGAGUUUCACAUCUUGAAUGUUGAUAAAUUACAGGAAAAUGCAUUGAUUUGUUCCAGAUAAAGUACCAGUACUCAUUGCCUUUACAGCAGGCGGACUGAUCGGGCUUACUGUCGAGCGUAGUCAACCCACAAAGACCUAUUCUAAGCUAAGAAAAACACACACUGUUGAACAAGUGUUGUUGAAACAGUUUCAGAGAGCUGUUGAUUCAACCUCAUGAUCACUUUCAAGGAUGUAGCUUGUGGUGCAUUAUACAGAGGGUUCUAUUAUCUCACAUAUCCCUAUUGAUAAAAAUAGGUAGGAUGAAAUAAAAAAUAUAACCUUCAUGAAGGUCAAAUUCUCAGUACUGCUGUAAAACAGACUGGCAACCAAGGCAAACAUUUCAUUCAUUACACCUCACUCAAAGUGUUCAAUACCGACAUUAAGCUCUAUGUUUACCACUCCAGCCAGUAUAUAAUGCUUUCUGCCACAUUACAGAGAUAAAAGAUGGAGGUCCAGCUUUCUCUGUGUGGCGUUCUUGCUCUCUGUUUAGUGUAAAGUUCUGUUACUUUUACUUUUAGGAGAGAAACUGAAUGUAUGGCGUGUAAAACAGUUUCCGAUGGGGAAAAAAAAAGGGAUGUUAUUCUCUUUAAAACCCCACUUUGUCAUUAAUCGUAAUGGGUUAGGCGAAUUUUAAGCAUUCACACAUUUGUGCUGUUACACCUCUGUGACUCAACGGAAGCAUUUUUUUUUUCGUUUUGUAAUUUAAUGUGUCUGAAAUGGGCCCACAUUUUUAUCUGGUUGUUUACAUAAACCUGCUGCCUUCCGGCCUUUUUCCUCUUUAACUCUAACUGUUGAUGCUCUCUAGUGGUCCAACGGAGGCACUGCUCGUUCGCAGCACUGACCUGAAGGGUAGAAUAACAGUGUAAGGAUUACAUUCUAUUUGUGUAUUUCUAAGGCGUAUUUCAUUUUUGUUUUCUGCCUUUCAUCUGUUUGUUUUCUUUUUGUACUCCUGAGUUUACACUCCUUAAACAAAUGUGAAAAGUGAGCCUUGUCACUGUACCUCAGCGAGCCAUAAAACAGUUUUGUAUAACCGGGAAUCUGCAGGUUGACUGAGGCUGACGAUGAUGAGGAUAAUAGAUAUGUUGUACAUAAAGAUGAGCUAUCACACAUGUGUACUAAAUAGUAAACUACCAUGUACAACAUGGUCAUAAUGGAAGAUGAGCACUCCUCACACUACAAACUAUAAGCUUGAGUUCUUUGUGUUUCUGUUGAUAGUUUAUUAUUUAUGGUUGUUUUAAUUAAUGACACUGUACAUCACAUGGGACCACACAUGAAAUUAUAUUUACCUCUAAUCAGGUCACACCAAGUUGUGCUGAUGGUCUUUGAAAUUCCUUGAAAACUUGUGGAAUAAAAAUGGAUAUAAAGGCUUUUGAGAGAAAGAAAAGUGCAUCUGGUUAAGUCUGUUAAGUUUACUUAAAGACAUCUUUCUAGCUUGAUUUUAAUUGGACAUAAAACAGACAACUGAUAAAGUCUAACAGCUCUGAUUGUUGGUUUAUUUUUAUCUCGACACUGUGAGCUUUAACUUUGUCUGAUUUCAGCUGAUUCAUACAUUCAGUGGAAAAGAGAGAAUGAUUUUUAGUCUGAAGUGAGUCCAAACCAAUAUUGAUUCCUUGUAAACUGAGCCUGAAAUCUUUUUUUUUUCAUUUAGCAGCCAGCUGGCAGAGCCUCAGUUAAUAAUCUAAACAUUGUUUUUGUCUAUUUUUAAGCUAUAAAGAUCCUACAUCAGCAUUUCCCUUCCAUUGUGCAGCCCAAACUUCUGCGAUUCAUUUCAGGGAAAUUAAGUAAAACAAAAAGCAGAUGAAUAAGUAGAGACAAUAACUGACAACAACUGCAGAAAUUAGAAAAAUGAACAAGGCUGACAUUUAAUCAGGAUGACAGGAAGUUUUAUAAUGGAAGAUUAAAGCUGCUGCACUGGAACGCAAUUAACUUCCUACAUGGCCUUUUGUAAAAUAUGUUUUUCAGACAUCUAGCUUGUUACAACACGCUUAGAUCUCAAUUCAUAAUGCUCAGAUAAGAAUUCAAAGCGGAUAAAUGUGACGUUCCUGUUUGCUUUUAACGCCUUUUGUUGUCCUCUGCACUGGGACGGAGGUUUCAGAUGAACCUGCAGUGUCACAGUUGGCUCUCUGAGUUUAUGGAGAGCAUGUGGAGUUUACAGCAUUGACCUCAUUCAGGUCAGCAGCUCUGUAUGAUUUAGCAUCAGAAAGCUGUUUGAAAUUAGACUGUAAAUAAACUAACUCCAGAUGGCCCUUUAACGGGUCUUUUGUGGAUGAUUUUGGGUUCUUUCUUUUGUUUUUUUUUUCCUCCUUGGAAAGACUUUUCAAAGAUCUUUUUUAUGUGAUAACCAUUUGAAUUAUGUUGUAGCUGGUCUGUCUCUAUUGAUUUGUCUCAAGGGCCAGUCAGCCAUCUUGUUGUAAAUAGUUUGGAGGGUGUGUGUGUGUGUAAAAAAACAACAACAAAAAAAAGAAAUCAAUCCAUGCCUCACUUCCUGACCUGCCUUCUACCAAAAGCCACCAGUUGAAUUAACACACUCCUCAUCAGAUGUGACUGACCUCCUGUUGUACAGACGGUUGUACAGAGCUGUCAAGCUGCUAGAACAUGGAACAGAGAAACUCCCUCACUCCUGUACAGAAAGAACAAAAUCCUUAAUAAAAGAAUUUAAAGUGUC